AUACAGAAUUUGAAGUUAAUCGAGCGCAGAGAAAUGGAUGAGUUCGAUGCUCGCGGCGGUCUAUAUACUUUCUGCGCAUGCGCGCCUCUUCCUUUUUGCUGAACGUGUCAGCCAUGGCUCCGACACUGAAGAAGCCGGUCGUGCGAAAGCAGGGUGGAAAGAAGAAGAAGCAACUCCUGAAGUUCACCCUGGACUGCACCCAUCCUGUUGAAGAUGGCAUUAUGGACGCUGCCAACUUUGAGCAAUUCCUGCAGGAGAGAAUUAAAGUGAAUGGAAAAGCUGGAAACCUGGGAGGUGGAGUGGUGUCCAUCGAGAGAAGCAAGAGCAAGAUUGCUGUGAACUCUGAGGUCCCCUUCUCUAAAAGGUACUUGAAAUACCUGACAAAGAAGUACCUGAAAAAGAAUAAUCUCAGAGACUGGUUGCGUGUUGUGGCCAAUACCAAGGAGAGCUAUGAGCUGCGCUACUUCCAAAUCAACCAAGAUGAAGAAGAGGAGGACGAGGAUUAAACCUGGCACCACUUUUAAUAAAAUGUCUCUGGGGAAAAAGAUAA